AUGUCAUCCGUUCCCAAUUUCCACCCGGUCAAGACGUCUGCUCAAGCAGGAAAAGAACUAACAACUACAAAGCAACCUUUGCCCUCUCCCNCUAGACAACUUGAGACACUGACACUAGGCUGCAAGAUCAGCUUCGUUUUAGUGUUUCCCCAAUAUCACCUUGUUAAUUCCGACGUCGAAGGAACUGCAAAGGAGAUCGUGCGCAAUACCCUUGCAACCACCACCUUCAAGGAUUUCGAGUGCAAAUAUUGUAAUGCCCCUCACGAAUACAGACUUCCCCUAUCACUGAAAGAUCCGAAUGACAGUGGCACCCGGAACAAGCUCUGGCAUGUUGACAUCGACCUUAACGCACACAUCCACGACGACGAGUUUGAGGAUUUGACUGAGAGAUACCAUGCCGUUGGUGUUCAAGUCAUCAGUCGUGUCUUCAAGUUCCACAACAAGACCAACUGUCCUGGAGACAAGUUCGCUAGCCCUAUCGAUGGUAAUUGGAUCUACCACAACUAUCACGAGAGACGCGCCCAACAUCAUUGGUCUGUCGAAAUCAAAGCUGUGGACGACGCGUUGAAGGCACUGAGCAUAAAGCCGAACUACAGAGUCUUGACUAAUGAGUUUACAGACUUCAAGGUGUAUGUCGGAAACAAUCAUCGUGGUGUGCAUAUGGAUGUUGCCAGAAGUUUGUUGGCUAUCUUUACUGCUUUUGAAAGACAGUUUGAUACUAUCAACAUAACACCUAGGAUCUGUGGUGGUGUAAAAGGUCAGCCUGCUCCGGUGGCCAGCAAAUCUGAUCUCUACUAUUACUUCUCGGACGACAAGAGCACUAUACAAGAAGAGGCCGGAGAGACAUCCAAGCCUAUGUCCAGCCUCAAUAUGGCUUACCUGACGCUUCAAGGCAUCAACACUGGUUAUGAUAUCAGAACCUUUNUACGCAUCUUCCUCAAGGGAGAUCUCAGCAGAAUUCAGCUCCAGAAACUCAUCGACAAUGACUUGAUUUCUCAUCGAAACACAGUUUUGGAUGUAUCUCGCGUUUGGGACGAUAAGCUUAUUGCAUACAAUCGCGAAUACGUGACCAAGUACUGCAUGAAGAAGCCCACGAUAACAUUCCGUUCGCACGCCAGUACUCUUGACUCUAACGAGCAGAUAGCUUGGAUAGAUCUAUGCUGCAUCCUCACUCAGCUUUGUUACGAGAAAGAUCUUCGCCACAUCAACAACUGGACCAGAAAGCGUUGGACUGAACCUCACAACGAGUACACCAUUCUCUCUAUCUUGCAUCACGUUGGCGGCUACAACAACGAUACCUUUACCUGGUACAAAAAUGNNUCUGUCCCGAUCAAAGAUCCAGAAUCCACAACCGAGUCGCCGCAUAUACCAAGUCUGACUCUAGAAAUGGAAGCAGAGGUUGCCCACAGCGAUCCUCUAAAAUCGACUCGUGUUCCUGAAGCAUUGCUAAUCGGUUAA